AUGGAGCUUUUCUGGAUCCUGUUAUUUUCUGUCAUCCAUCGUUACGCACGAGGGCAAGGAGUAUAUGCCCCUGCCAAUGCCCAGAUAGUGCACUCGGGGCAGGCAUGUGUGGUGAAGGAGGACAACAUCAGUGAGCGGAUCUACACCAUCCGGGAGGGAGCCACUCUGGUGCUCCAGUGCUUGGUCAAAGGGCACCCACGACCACAGGUGCGGUGGACCAAGACGGCGGGCAGUGCCUCGGACAAGUUCCAGGAGACGUCCAUCUUCAACGAGACGCUGCGCAUCGUGGGCAUCACGCGCGUCCAGGGCGGCCGCUACUACUGCAAGGCGGAGAACGGCAUCGGGGUGGCUGCCAUCAAGUCCAUCCGUGUAGACGUGCAGUACUUGGAUAAGCCGCUGCUGACGGUGCACCAGACCAUCAGUGACGUGCGGGGGAGCUACUACCAGGAGAAAACGGUGUUCCUGCGCUGCACGGUCAACUCCAACCCGCCGGCGCGCUUCAUCUGGAAGAGAGGCAGCCGGCUCAUCGAGCAGAACAAAGACCAGGGGGUCGACAUCUACGAGCCGCUGUACACACAGGGCGAGACCAAGGUGUUGAAGCUGAAGAACCUGAGACUGCAGGACUUUGCCAACUACACGUGCCAGGUGUCUGUGCGGAACGUGUGUGACAUCCCCGACACCUCCGUCACCUUCCGCCUCACUAACACCACCUCUCCUCCGGCUCUGCGUCUGUCUGGAAACGAGACGCUGGUGGUGGACCCGGGCCGAGACGUGACCAUGUCCUGCGAGGUGACGGCGGGGUUCCCCACGCCCGUGGUGACGUGGUCCAGGUACCCCGCGCCGCUGCCCAGGGGGGCGCAGGUGCGCGGCGGGUCCCUCACCCUCCGCUCCGUCAGGCCCUCGGACUCGGGCUUCUACAACUGCACCGCGGUCAACAACGUGGGCAACCCGGCCAAGAAGAACGUCAACCUCAUCGUCAGAACGAUGAAGAACCUCACCUUCCAGAUCACGCCAGACUCCAACAAGGACAGCGAGAGCAUCGAGAUGGGCCGGGACCUCAAGCUGUCCUGCCACGUGGACGCCCAGCCCCAGGACAAGGUCAACUACACGUGGUACAAGAACGCCGUGCCCGUCGUCCCCACCGACAGCCUGAUCGUGCUGCGCAGCGACCCCGACAUGCCCCCGGGCACCAGCAGCCUGGAGAUCGUGGACAUGAAGUUCCGCGACCAGGCCACCUACAGCUGCGUGGCCGGCUUCCCCGGGAGCACCGUGCAGGAGCUGCGCGUGGACAUCAACAUCACCCAGAGCAGCGUGACUCCCCCCAUUCUGACGGUGCCGCCCGGCGGAGGGACGGUCAGUGCGAAGGAGGGCGGCAUGGCCGAGCUGGUCUGCCUGGUGGACGGCAAGCCGCGCCCCCCCGUCCUGUGGUCGCGCGUGGGCAAGGACCUGACCAUGCCCAACGGCGAGCUGGUGGUGGAGACCCGGGACGGCCGGCUGCGUCUCACCAACGUCUCCCGCGAUCUCAUUGGCCCCUACCGCUGCCAGACGGCCCCCUACAACGGGCUCAACAUCAAACGGCGGGACACCCAGGUCCAGCUCAAUGUCCAGUUCUCCCCCAUCGUGGACCCGGUUUUCCAGGACGUGCGCGCGCAGAACUUCCAGACGGUGGUGCUCCGCUGCGUGGUGCUCAAGGCCAACCCGUUGCGCAUCGCCAGCGUGCGCUGGUUCCAGAACGGGAAGCCCGUGGGAGCGCCGCAGCUGGACAGCCAGGACACGCCCGUCUACCGCUUCCGGCUGGAGCCCGACAAGAACGGCACGUACGAGUGCCGCGUCUCCAACAACGUGGGCACCUCCACCUGCACCUUCAACGUCUCCGCUCGCCCUUUCCCUGCGGAGUUCUACUAUGACACGCCCAACCCCAUCCGUGUCCUGAAGGGGGACAACUUCUCCUACAACCUGCAGUGGACACAGAGAGAGCCUAAGGCUGUGGACCGUGUGAUUGGCUACUGGAUCAAUGUCACACAGAGUGGCCAGCGCGUGUGGUCCAAGGUGUACACCCCCGCAUCUGAUCCGUCGCCAGGCACGCUGAUGUCCGAGGUGCUCACUGACCUCCGCAUCGCCCUCACGUACGAGGUGGGCCUCACCCCCAUCAGCAACUUUGGCACAGGAGACCCCGUGGUGCGCACCAUCCAGUUCUCCGAGCCGUACACUUAUCUCCGUCCCUCAGAUUAUGUGUGCGGGUUCGAGGAUAAGCAGAUCUGUGGCUUCACCCAGGACAGAGGCGAUACGUUCGACUGGACUCGACAGAACCACCUGUCCCAGAAUCCCAAGCGCUCGGCCAACACAGGGCCUGACAUGGACCGCAGUGGGACCAAAGAAGGCUACUACAUGUACAUUGAGACGUCGCGGCCGCGGGUGAUGGGAGACAGCGCCCGGCUGGUCUCGCCGCUCUACAACGUGACCUUGACCCGCGGCCCCACGGGCACCAUGCGGACGCCCUACUGCGUCUCCUUCUACUACCACAUGAAGGGCAAACACAUCGGAACGCUAAACGUCCUACAGAGAGUGAAGAGCAUCGCCACUGUGGACACGCUGGUCUGGACUCUCUCUGGCAACCAGGGGUCCAACUGGACCAAGGCCAACUUUGUGGUCACCCCCAGCGGUCCCUUCCAGGUGGUGUUUGAGGGCAUACGAGGAGAGGGCUACGAGGGGGACAUCGCCAUUGACGACGUGUCCGUCACCAAGGGGAAGUGCAAACAGGACAACUCCGGGUCCAACACAGCCAGAGGAAGUGGCUGGCUGCUCUCGGCCCGGGGCUUGAUUGACACCUCCGAGAGCAGUCCCCUGAGCGAGGGCCCCCGUGGGCAGCCUGGGCAGAUAACGGGCGUCCUGCCGGUGUCAGACACGAGAGCCAUUGUGGGCUCAGCUGCAGAUAAGAAGGCGGUCUGA